GGGAUUUCAACCACCAUUGUUUUCCCAGGGCUGACCACGGCCCACGGAGGCUUGGUGCAACUUUACCGCAUGGUCACCCAAGUCACCGGCAAGGCGGCCAUCCCGUAUUAUUCUACCUAUGGGUGCUACUGCGGCCUGGGGGGCAGAGGGAGGCCCAAGGAUGGCACGGACAGGUGUUGCCAGAGGCACGACUGCUGCUACGGCCGGCUGGAGAAGUGGGGGUGCUGUCCCAAAACCAUCCACUACAGCUACCGUUACUACUGGGGGCACAUCCUGUGUGGCAGCGAUGCCAACUGGUGCCAAGAGGAGACCUGCAGCUGCGACUGGGCGUUGUCGCUGUGCUUGAAGCAAAACGCAGGCCGGUACCAGACGAAAUACACCUUCUACCCGAACUUCCUGUGCUGGGGACCGUCUCCCUCCUGCUCAUUGUGACUGGAGGGUCUUGCCUGGCAGGUUGCCAAGCGUGUCAAACCAGAAAACCAGAAAUAAAAACCCUCCUUAAACUCUCUGGUCCUUGUGUGGGAAGCCUCUGGGCUGACACAUCCCAGCCACACCAUUUUCACACCA